AUGGCACAGGCAGCGCCAGCGCCUCUGGCCGAACGCGGCCCAUCUCCGCUUGCGUCCAAGAAUCCCUUCCGGAACCUUGUAUCAGAGAACAACACCGUCAAACCAAUCUCGACGAAUCCUUUUCUCGAUGCCAACGAGAUCACGUCUCCAGACUCGGCCACCAAAACUACACCUACAACGGCCAGUGCCAGUGCCAGCGCAACCAGCCCAUCCAGCAUGGAGGCUAAGAGUGCCGAUAUAUUCGCCAGUCUCGAUUUGAAAGACUCAAAGCCCUCACAGCCUCCUGUUAAUGGCAGUGUAAGGCGAGAGAACAUGCCUCCUCCACGAACAUACCCACCACGUGGCCCUCCUCUCCGUCAUAGGCCUAGCAAUUCGGAUGAAGAACGCCGGCGACAGCAGGGGAAACCUCGAGGUCCGCCAAAUGAACUUGACAUCUUUGCAGAUCCUCCGGACGCCAGUCGCGCGCACGAAAGACGUGCGCCGCCACGACGAAAUAGCGAGUCGUCUGUUCGCGAGAAGCCAAAGGAUGUGGAUCCUGACGCGGAAAAGCGAAGACGAGAGCGGAGAGCACGUGAAGGCCGUGAAGGCCGUGAAGGUCGUGACGGAAAAGGCUCAAUGAAGUCCAAGAAGCCAAACGCGAGGUUGGAUAUUAUCGAUAAACUGGAUGUCACAAGCAUCUAUGGUACUGGCCUAUUCCACCACGACGGUCCCUUUGACGCCUGCAACCCUCAUCGGAAUCGCAGAGGCGCCAGGCAAGCCCCGAUGCAGGCAUUUCCUAAAGACUCGCUGAAUAUGCAGCUCGGGGGCUCCGGGCCAAACAAUUCUAAACUUAACCUUGACCAGUACCACGGCACAGGCAUAGAAGCAAAUCGCGAUUAUAAUCAUGCGGCGGUACAGGAUGCCGAUGCGGACUAUAUGCGCCGACCACUCCCCGAGAGGAGUGCUAGCUUCAAUCCGACAGCUCGAACCGAACCCGUCCACGGUCACGAGUCAGCCGGUCUAGGAACGAGCACUUUCUUGGAGGGCACACCGGCCAGUCGAGCUGCGAUCCAGCGUCGAGAGAGCGAGCAAGAAGCCGCCGAUCAGGCCAUGGCAGCUGGUCUAUCACGGAAGAAGAGCUUGGCCCAGAGGAUCAAAUCUGUGCGACCGCGGGUGAAUGACACGGGACGCAUGACAUCCCCCGAGCCCUUCCCUGCUGUGAGUCCGACCAGCCCGCUUGGGACAGGCCGGUCCGAGCAGAACGGCGUGAACCCAUUUUUCAAGGAUUAUGACAAAGAGUACGAGAAGAAAGGUGCACAGAUCGCAUUUGCAGAGGAGCAACUCAAGAAUCCUCCACGGACUCGGGCGCCAUCCAGUCCGAAACGUAGUGCACUGACUUUGGAACGGAAAAUGACGGCUGAAAGUGUCGGCCCUCCACCAGAAGAAGGCAAGGCUGGCGGUGGUGGCGGCUUUCUCAGCCGAGUCAAGAGCAUCAAGGGAGGACGAAGCAAGACUCGCGAGAGGCGAAAUACCGAGGCGUCGUCUAGUUGA